AUGCCGGGGUCGGCCUCCCCCCCCCUCCAGGGCCGGGCCCGGGGUUUCCUGGCCUCGGUGCAGUCCCUGCGCCCCGGCCCCACACGAGCGCAGGCCGAGGAAGCUGCCGCGAAGCAGGCCGCGCUGAAGGCCGACCUGGCGCGCCAGGUCCAGGAGAAGCGGGCCGCGGAUGCGGCACGCCGCGCGGAGCAGCGCGCGCAGGAGGAACGCGAGGAGGCCGAGAUCCAAGCCUACCACCAGCGGCUGGCCGUGCGCGACGACGGCCCGGGGUUUCCAAUGGCGGCUGGGGCUCCGGGUCGCGAAGCCGCAGCAGGGCGCGGCACGAGGCUCAUGGCAGCGGGGUCGAGCGUGAGGCGUGACCGCGAGCCGCUGGGCGAAGGUCUGGACUCGGUGUCCCCCUCCCUGGCGGCGCUGCUGUCGGGCAUCCAGGAGCAGCAGCGCAGCCUGCAGGAGGGGCUGGCGGGCCAAGCGGCCAGCAUGGAUCGCCUGGAGCUCACCCUGCUCUCGGCGCGGAGAGAGCGAGCUUGGACCAGGGAGGAGAUCGCCCGGGUCGAUACUCUGCUGCGGGAGCGCAGCCUGACCGGGUCUGGGCAGCCGCGCGACGCCGCCAGCCUAGCCCAGUUCACCAAGGCUCCACCCAGGCAGUCGGGCUUCAACCUGGAUGCGGGCAGGGACUUCGGCAACCCGGUGGGGUGCGCCAGUCAGGGGGCACUGGAGGCCGUGCCCCUUUCAGGCAAGCGCCACGACUGA